CCGGAAAUAGCCGGCUUGCUGACUGUUCAGCAGCUAGUCGCUGUUCCGUGGGCCGAAGAUGGCGGGUGUGUUUGAGGUAGAGGUGGACGGGGUUCAACACGAUCACGGAGACCAUGAAGACGAGCAGCAGAUUGACUUGUCACAGUUAUCACCAGAAGAAAGGUGGAGGAUGGAGCAUGCACGAAUGCACGCCAAACACCGUGGACAUGAGGCAAUGCAUGCAGAGAUGGUUCUCAUCCUGAUAGUCACCUUGGUAAUUGCUCAACUCCUGCUUGUGCAAUGGAAACAGAGGCACCCAAAGUCCUACAACCUAAUCACCCUUUUCCAGAUGUGGGUGGUACCACUCUAUUUUACAACAAAGCUGCACUGGUGGAGGUUCCUGGUGACAUGGUUCCUUUUUUCCCUAAUUACUGCUUUUGUAACCUUCAGGGCAACACGGAAGCCUCUGGAAUGUACCACACCAAGGUUGGUGUACAAAUGGUUUUUGUUACUGUAUAAAAUCAGCUAUGCCACUGGGAUUGUUGGUUAUACAGCUGUAAUGUUUACCUUGUUUGGUAUUAACUUAAUAUUCAGAAUAAAACCAGAAGAUGGGAUGGACUUUGGAGUCUCACUUCUUUUCUACGGUCUUUAUUAUGGAGUUUUAGGGCGAGAUUUUGCAGAGAUGUGUGCAGACUUCAUGGCUUCCACAAUAGGGUUUUAUAGUGCAUCCGGUAUGCCCACAAAACACUUGUCAGAUAAUAUCUGUGCUGUAUGUGGACAACAGAUCCUGGUUGAUGUGAAUGAAGAAGGCAUUAUUGAAAACACGUAUAGACUUUCCUGUAAUCAUGUAUUUCAUGAGUUCUGUAUACGAGGUUGGUGCAUUGUGGGAAAAAAGCAGACAUGUCCAUAUUGCAAGGAGAAAGUUGAUCUCAAGAGGAUGUUCAGCAAUCCCUGGGAGAGGCCUCACGUGAUGUAUGGACAGCUGCUCGACUGGCUUCGCUAUCUGGUGGCUUGGCAGCCAGUCAUCAUAGGCCUGGUCCAGUUAAUUAACUACAUCCUGGGCCUUGAGUAGGAAGAAGACUGGUGAGCAUCAGGCCUCCAAUCUAAAGGUGCAAGCUGUUUAGAACUCUCCAGCAGUAACCUUCAGAAACAUCUGGAACUACGAUUAACUACUAAGGCACAUUAAGGGAUGGCAGCAAAUGAUCGGGUAGUGGUUUUACCAGCAACUGGCUCAUUAUUUGUUUUUAUAUUUUAAAAGGAUAAUAUUCUUGAACUUGUUGGUACAGACAUCUUUCUUAAUUACUUGACAACUGUUUCAGAUCAUAUCAUAUAAAACAACACCAUCUACACCUCUGUUAUCUGUCACUCGUCUGUUAUUUCUGACCCCUGGAUCACUGCUCUCUUCUUGUCCGUUUAUGUUUUUUUUUUCUUUUAUACAAUUUUCCUCAUUUUUAUGUAACAGCUUCUGGAUGGCAUUUUGACUGCCAUUACACUGCAAGAAGAAGAAGAAGAAAAAAAUGGCAGAGCACAUGUGGGCAGCAGAAGUCUUUGAAACAUCUGCUUCAACAGUCUGUCUGUAUGCAGUCACUCAAGUUUUGUUGUAAUUACCUGAUAUUCAUAUUUUUGGAAGCCUGAAUGUGGAUGGAUACCAAAGGAAUAGAAGCUACCAAGAAAGAAUCCUCUGAGCUCUACUGAAUAGUGUUACUUUGAUUUGUUGGGGGAAAAGGGUCUCCUUGUUUUGGCAUAAUCAUGAAUGCUUUAGCAUUGGUUGAAGUAGUCCACACUGAGGUUGUCUUGUUAUUUUAAAUUCAAUAAUGGACGGAAAAACCUACAAUUUCCUUUGUAUAAGAAUCACUGAGCGCUCAUUUGUACCACAAAGUAUUAAAUCUCGGUGGGGUUUGAAUGCUUUUUGUGUAACACAAACAAAAAAAAAAAAGCUUUUAAAAAUAAGUGUUGGACCGGGUAAGGAAUUGGGCGCACUACCGGAUUUACCCAGGGAGGUGACCUCGUGCAAAUGUAGAACAAGAUUUUUUUUAGAAUUGUGGCUGUUAUUCUGAAUCUUCUUUGUAUCCAUAAAGAUGUUUAUAAAGGUGAUCAAAAUUAA